UGAUUAUCAAUGUGAAUUAAGAUUUAAAAAAUUGAAUCAAUCAUUAACGAAAACAUCAUCAACAUCAUCAUCGUUGCGGACAUUUUCAUCAAUGAUCAGUGGUGGUGGUAACAGUGGUGGUUAUGAUUAUGGUUAUGGCAAUAACAAUAGUAAUAUGAUUGCCGAUCCAACAACAGCAAAUGCCUUACAAACAUCAACAGUUGUAUUACGAAAGAAAAAAAAUAAAAAUAAAAAUUUAUCAUUCGAUGGUAUACAAUUAUCAAAUUAUCGUAUAAAAUUCAAUAAUGUUUAUGGUGAAAUAUUUGAUUGGAUCUAUCAUUUUUUAUGGUUAAAAAAUUGUCCAAUUGAAUUAGCCACCAUUGUUGCCAUUCAAAUAGCCACAAAAAUGAGUCAAGAUAUUUUAAAUGAAUUCAAUUUGAAUAAUAAUAAUUCAUUAAAUAUGAUGAAUAAUAUCAAUAAUAAUAAUAAUAAUAAUAAUAUCGAUACUAUCGAUACUAAACAUCAUAAUAAUCAUUUGGAUCAUCAUCAUCAAUCAAAUAUUAUGGAUACAACAACAUCAAGUUUUGAUGAUAUACAAAUGGAUAAAUCACCAGCAUUAUCAUCAUUAUCAUCACCAUUGAAUAUCAGUUCCGCAACAACCAUUAUGGCUGAUAAUUAUAAUGAAUCACCAACAACAACAACAUCGACGAUUGAUGGUACAAUGAUGAUGAUGAUGGAACGAUCUUCAUUACCAAGUGCACUUUGUUCACAUGAUUUGGCUAAACAAUCACGUGAACUUGUUGAUGAUUGUCUACAACAAUUUGGUAAUAAUCCUGAUCAUGCUAUUUCAAUGGUCAAUGAUUAUUUGGAUAAUAAUGAUAAUCAUUGUAAAUCAUUGGAAAAUUCGACAACAAACAGCAGUAAUAGUGAUGAUGAUAAUUCAAAAUCAUCAUCAUUAUCAACAUUUAAAACAUCUGUUUCGGCUAUUAAAAAUCGACGACAAUCUAUGGAAGAUCGACAUAUUAUUAUACAGAAUUUAAAUAAAGCAUUAGGUUUGGAUUUACCAAAAACAUAUAGCUAUUAUGCAAUAUUUGAUGGUCAUGCUGGUAUUGAUGCAGCUAGUUAUUCAACAGCACAUUUACAUCAUUAUCUGGUUGAAAGUGAAGCAUUUCGUAAUGGACAAAUGGAAGAUGCAUUUCGACAAGCAUUCCAUAAAACUGAUGAAUUAUAUACAAAACGUUUACGUGAAGAUGGUAUUGAUAAAUUAAAACCAAGUGGUACAACAGCAAUUUGUGCAUUAAUUGAAGAUAAUAAAAAUGUUUAUCUUGCAUGGGCUGGUGAUUCACAGGCUGUAUUAGUACGUAAUGGUUGUCAUGAAGAAAUAAUGUUACCACAUAAACCUGAUAUGGAAAGUGAAAGGAUUCGUAUACAAGAUCAAGGUGGUUUAGUUAUCUAUAUGGAUACAUGGCGUGUAAAUGGUAUACUAUCAGUAACAAGAGCUAUUGGUGAUCCUGAACAUAAAUCAUUAAUAAUUGCUGAUCCAAGUUUUUCAACAUUUCAAAUUGAUUCAUCAUUAGAUUUUUUAGUACUUGGUUGUGAUGGUUUAUUUGAUCAUCUAAAUGGACAAGAUAUUACAUCAAAUGUAUUUGAAUAUCUUUGUAAAAAUGAAAAUAAUGAUCCAGAAUUAGUACAACAAGGUGUUUCAGCUUAUCUUGCUGAACAAGCUAUACAAGAAGGUUCUAGUGAUAAUAUUACAAGUAUUGUUAUAUUUUUUAAACCAUUUGAACAAUUAAUUGCAACUGGUUUAUAUCCAACAAAUCAAAUUGAAAGCAAUCAAGAAGAAGAAUCAAUGAUAAUUAAUGAUACCAAUGCUGCUGCACUUCCAACAACAAAUGGUGGUCAUUUUCCUUAUACGGAUUUUGCUGAAUUACCAAUUGGUAUUAAUUAUAAAUUAACAUCGAAUGAGAAUUUAUCUUCACCAACAACAACAAUCGAUUUGGAUGGUCAAAAUUAUCAAUCGCAAUCGAUUGUAUCGAAUAAUAAUACUAAUGAUAUUAUUGAAUCUUCUAUGGAAUUACCCGAAUCAGAAGAACAGCCAAUUGAAAAUAAUGAUGUUGAUAUCGAUGAUAAUAAUCUUGAACAUUGUCAAGAUGAAUUUGAUUUCGUGCGAACAACAACAACACCGACCGAAACAAUCAUCUUAAACGAUAAUAAUAAUCAAACAAAAUCAAUCGAUAUUGAUGAUAAUAAUUGUUUGAUGGUUGAUGAACAACAACAACAACCAGAACAAGAAGAUCAAAAAGAGCAGGAACAACAACAACAGUUAAAAGAAGAAUUAUCAUCAUCAUCGGCGGCAACGAUAAUGGAAAAGACAUUAUUAUCGGAUUAUAAUAAUGAUGAUAAUAAUAAUAGUGGUGGUGUAGGUGGUGGUAAAAUAUUAUCAUCCAUUAAUGAUGAUGAUAAUAAUGGUGAGAAUUUCGAUCAACAUUUCAAUCAUCAUAAUGAUGAU